GUAAUAAAAGACAUCAGCGCCUUCCUUCUACCCUCGGCACAUGCUAACUCAUCAAGGCAUCCUAAUUGCUAGCCAAUGCUUCUCGCUGCGAUUUUGUAACUGCUGCUGCUGGACCGUUAAUUUCUCAGCUGUGACGCAGGGGCAAAUGAGAAUUCCCUCCGCGGGACGGUAGACUACCGGGUGCUGCUCCCAGGAAAGAGGAGACAUGACGAUGCAUCUCGAGCCGGCGCCGGAGCUGCGUCUGGCCCAGCACGAGGCGAGCGCGAUUGCGUACGAGUCCGGCUCGUGCCAGCGCCAGCACACCCGACCUUCUGUGUCGCAGAUCUACAGCGAGGCGCCGAGUCCGAGUGACACGCGGCACGAUUGGCAGCACAGUACAAGCCGUAGCACGACACCCAGUGGCGACGGCGACGGGGAUGAUGCGCCGGAAGAUACUCUCACAUUCGCCCUGACUCUUGCACCUUUGCACGCGGGCCAGCCACUGAACGGCAGACCGAUGCCCAUGACCGCCAUGGGCCUUGGCGGCUUUGGCGCGCGCGUUGCUGGCGGGAGUGCUCUGCUGUGGCACGGUGCGGAAGAAGAAGAAGAGGAGGAGGCGGACAUCGACUACUUUCUGGCUGCCCCGAGGUCAGACCCGAGCAAGCAGUCCGCCGAGCAGGCGGCCAGGACGCGGCCCUCCACAUCCUUACCUGAACCGACAUGCACGCCAGCCGCGACCCGUACCACCGGCGGCCAACGUCCGCGGGCGCCACUCACGCGCAGGAGCGAAGGCGCACGCGAAAAGGACCGAUCCAGCAAGAAGCUUGCGUCGCUCAAAAAGAUCCUCGGUAGCAGCAACAGCGCUGGAAGCAGCAGCAGCGCUAGGCACAAGUGCGCCGCCCAGCCUGACCCAUCGCCGAAGCCAGCUAUUGGUGGGCGUCCGCAUCCCGCUGCGUGCAUGGCUGGCGCUGCCAGCGCUGCAGGGCUCUAUCACGCACUGCCAUCCUCUUCCCCUUCCCCUUCGCCCACUCCUUACUCGGUCGGAGCCACCUCCCCCGCGCCGAGCAGCAGCAUCCAUUUGCGCCUCGCGAGCGGCCUCGAGUCCGAAUUAUACCCACCAUCAACUGCUGCUGCUGCUUGGGCGCCGACACUUGCAUCGUAUAGCGCUUACGGCUACCGUGACAGCUAUCCUUGCGGCCAUGGCCCCGGCCGGCCCGGCUUCGACCGCGACCGCGAACGCGAACGCGAGCGCAAGCGCGCGCGCGAACGCUCAGGAUCCGGCUCCAUCGGUGCGACGACGAUCACGACGAUGACGACAACGAUGACGACGUCGUCGUCGUUGUCCGGCUCGUCCUCGAGCGUCCGCUCGCCCUUGACACCCGCGUCAACGAAUCGUGGCGGUGGCAGAGGGGGCGACAGUGAGCGCGGCACAACACCGCUAUCGGAGAUCGACGGGUUUGUGUUCCAGCUCGGUGGGCCACGCGCUGGUGCAGGCGGGCCUGCGGGCCUGUGGCAGUUGCAAGACCACACGCUCAAGAUGAGCCCAACGCAGCAGCCCGCCACCACUACACCUGUCGAGCAGCGCGAAGGCAAGAACAGCGGCAAGAAGACGUGGUUCGGGCGCAAAUCCAAACAUGCUGCUGCACCCGCUGCCGUCGCCAUCCCUGCGCUUCCUGCGUCUAUGCACAUGCCUCUGCCGCCUCGUCCGGCAACCAGUGCUGGCGCUGGUGCCACGGCGGGCUGGAGCGCAGCAGCAAGGCCUGCUCGCGGCAAAAGCAGCCUUUAUCCGCCAUCUUCUUUUCUCCCUUUCGCGAACAGCGUUGCCGGCUCAGAUGCCAGCGGCAAAGGAAGCAUCAAGUCCAGCGUACGCGAGCAGCGCGACCGCUCCAAGUCGAACCAAGGCAGUGUCGUUAGCAGCACGCCGCCAAGCAGCUUCGUGCAUUUCCCUCUGCACGAUCGUCAACUGCAGGCGUCGCGGGGUAUUUUGCAGGCACACGACGUGCCCGCCACCGUCAGCGGCGGCAGCAUGCACAGCCGCCCGGCCGCGAUGAGCACGCGCACACGUACGCAGUCCGAGCAGACGUUGCUGAUGUCCGUCCGGCUUUCUCCCAAAGCCACGUUCGCGGCUGGAACAGGCGCAGGCGCACCGCCGCCGUCGUCUCCGCGUCUGCAACGCGCUCGGCGUCGUGGCAUGGUGCUGUGGCGCGGAAUCUUCGACGGCAGCCUCGACGGAGUCGUCAGUGGCAGCGCGGGAGCGGGCACAGGUGCAGAUGGCAAUGGGAGGAUCUGCAUGCCUGCUCAACUGACAGAACUGACGCGUGCAGACUACAUGUUGCUGUACAGCUUGGGUGUCUUUGACCUCAACGACCCUCCAAUGCUGACGUCACGAUCGGCUUCUGGCUACAACGAUGCAGAUGCUGGCCUUGGUGCUGGCGCUUUUGCUCACCAGACCACGAUGGUGCAACAGUCGAACCUCUUCAAACCUCUCCCCGGCGUCCCUGCUUUGAUGGGAUGGAUUGAAGGCGUCAACCUCAAUGCUGGCGCCGCGCAGGACUGUCACGGUUGCGAGCCCGAUCAUGACAACGGCAACGACGGCUACAGUGACAAUACAGAUGACUCUGGCGCCGAGACUGCUGGCGCAGUGCGCCGUCCAUCAACCUCAAGCGCUCUAGAUGCCGAUGCGCUCAGUGGCGCCUUUGACGUCUUCCCGCAGCCUCCGUCGCGCCUCAGGCGCUUUCCAUCGGCCAACAGGGCGAACGGCCUCACUAGCGGGCACACACAUGCGCACGCAACGAUGCAUCUGCCUUCGCAUCUCUGUUCUCGCGCGCACGUGCCUUCGUCGUCGCUCGACGACGCCGCCGCGUCGUCUUUGCGGCAGCAGACCCGAGUGUCGAACGCUUUCGCUAUGCAGCUGCUCACGGAAGCGGCACGCGAGCUUGUGCCGCCGCAGCAGUGGGCGAGCGCGAACGCCGCCCACGAAGCCGAAGAUGGUGCCGCGGCCCUCGCCGCUUUCGAGGACCCUGGCGCGUCGCCACUGGUAGCGGCGCACCGCAGGCAUAUCGAGGCGAUCGUCAGGCUGACUUGGCAAGGCUCCAGAACGGGACAGUCGGACGCGCAAGAUGCACAGGAUGAUGACGUGCAAGGGUCUCGUGCCACGGCUGUCUGGGAGGUAUCCACGUCUGAUGACUCGCAAGGUCCAACUUACGCCCCGCGUGCGGCUCAGAUGUUCGAGCCUAUCGAAGGCGGCCUGGCUGCGCCCUUUCCCAUUUUUGAGCGCCGAAGGCAAGCUGCAAUGCACUCCAAUCGCGUCUUAAUGGAGCUUGCAGAUGCGACUCUGCAGCGGCAAUGCGUGCAACCCGGGCGCAAGGCCCAGCCGAAUUUUGGCAGUCAAGCGAUCGGUCUCUCACUGCAGGAGGAGCUGGGCGAAAAUAACGCGCGACAGGAUCAUGACGGUCUCGCCUCCUCGUUGAAGUUCGUCCUGACGCAGCUGGAGCAGGCGGUUCCCGACUGUCACGCUCAGCUCUGCCUGCUGGACGAGGUAAACGUUGUCGUCCUUGCGCAAGGAGCAAGAGCUGCCGUCGAUGGUGUGCCUACUGUGCGGGCACGCGUUCGAAGCUUGGAGGCGCACAGCUUGCUUAAUCGCAACGAGGGCCUACUCAUCUUGAACAGCGGUGCAGACUUCCGAUUCGCCGCUGCCCUCCAAGGUGACCACAAGAACGAUAAUAUGCCCGUCUUCUUCGCCGCGCUGCCCGUCCUGAGCGCUGCCGGGAUGCCCAUAGCCUUCGUCACGCUCUCCUCAGCUAGAAUCAUGGACGACUGGUCGGCUGCUUGCGCUUCGCUGUUCGAACAGUGCACGAUCGUCAUUGCGAGUGCAAUCGAGGCCGCUCACCGCAAGCAACUCGCGGCCGAGGGUGAGCGCUUACAAGAAGAAUUCAAGGCAUUACAAAGGCAUAUCAUAGCGCUCGGAUUUAAACGCGCAGAAGACCUGGAUUCGUCGCCCAAGCCGGCUCAUCUGCUGCGCUGUCAGCCGAGCGACGGGCUUGCCGUAGCUGAGAGUCUCGAGGAAGAAGCACAGCAGGUGCUCCAAAAGGAGGUGCUUGUCGAGAUUCUUCAAGACUCACUGCUGACGUCCAGGAUGGACAUUGAAGGCCAGUUGCUCCCGGCUCUCUUCAACGCUCUCGUGAGACACGUUCAUCAGGGCCUGCACAGUUCUCUGACUUACCUUGUGCGCAAGAGCGAAUCGGCAGCCGCACACAGCGUCGACGAUGCCGUUUCAGAAGAGCACCAGCGUUGUAGCAUUGUCGCCAGCCAAGGCUUGCCGUCGCGGGUCCCGCAAGACGUCAGCUUCGAUGAGCCAUGCCACAAUAUGAGGGUCGGAGCAGCUCCAGCCGUAUACUCUGGCAUUUCAAUCUUACCGUCCAAAUGCGCAUGCGAUACGCUGCCGUGGUGGGUCUUUGAUGACAACCGGCAGCUCUACAAAGCGGGCUGCAUGGUCCACGGUGGCAGCCUAGGUCCACAUACCUAUACUCUCGUUGCGCUGUUCGAGAGGGGCGCACACAUUGUCUCGGCUUCGGAACAAUCGUACUUUGCAGCAGCCGCAUCUACGCUCAGCACAUGUCUCAUGCAGGUCGCCGAGCUCUCUUCGCAAAGCAAGUCAUCCAUAUCGCAAGCAUCACAACAUCGCAUUUCCAGCAAACUCAAGCAGUCAUCGCAUGGGCUAGGCAUCCAGGCGUGAGGUUUUCAAGUCCUCAGGCCGCAAGGGACCACCUGCAUAUCUGUUAUUUCGCAUCAUAUUUUGAUGUUCAAGCAUGUUUCUCACAAUCCAGGGUCGCAAAUUCUGUCAAAGCCAUCUAGUCAUCAAUCUCAGCCGAUAGGC